GUGCGUUCAUCUGAUAUACAUAUCGUUUACACAUCUCAACAAUCAUCCCUAUUCAAGGUAGAUCAUGUCGGAUAAGCAGCAACUCAUAGACAUGGGAUUUGACCCCGCCCGUAUAGACUGGGCCCUUCGUGCUACCAAUAAAGCCGGUCUCCAACCAGCUAUGGACCACCUCCUUGCAAACUCGGACAAACCAAUCCCAGAAGCCAUGGACGAACAAGUCGACGAGGACGAUGAGGAAGCUGUCGCGGCACAUAUCAAGAAACUUGGUGGGGCAGUCGAUGACUCGGAUGCUGUUGCCAAGUCUAUUAAAUGCAGCGAAUGCGGGAAGAUCUUCCGCUCCCAAGCCACUGCAAGCUUUCACGCCGAAAAGUCGGGUCAUGACCAGUUCGAAGAGUCUACCGAGGAGAUCAAACCCCUUACCGAGGAGGAGAAGAAGGCGAAACUCCAAGAGCUUCGUGAGAAGCUUGCUAUCAAGAGGGCGACACAAUCCAAAGAGGAUGAGAAGGCGAAUCGUGCCAACGAAGCGAUUCGACGUAAAGCUGGGCAGGACACUGGUAAAGUCCGAGAAGACCUGAAGCUCAAGGAAGCGCUAAAGGACGCUGAGCAAAAGAAACGAGAAAAACUCGAAGACCAAAAAGCCAGAGCAGCCAUCAAAGCCCAAAUAGAAGCCGAUAAACGCGAACGCGCCGAGAAAGCUGCUCGUGAGAAAGCUCUUCGGGAAGGAAAGGCUAUCCCAACGUCAUCUUCCCCUGUCCCUACUAUCGUUCCCAAGGCGAAUACCGGAAUGAAGAGUAGCGAGAAUCCAGAGACUAGGUUGCAAAUCAGGUUGGCGACGGGUGGAACACCGAUGACGAAGACUUUCCCGAGUGAUAACACUUUAAUUGAUGUGGCGGAAUGGGUCGCAUCAGAGAAGCUAGAGUACAAUGUCGACACUAUUGGAUUCUCCAUGACUUUCCCUAGGAAAACGUUUUCCCGAGAAGAUAUGAAAAAAUCCCUGAAAGAGAACGGGCUAACCCCGUCUGCUGUCCUAAUCGCUAGCUAGCUACGUUAUGCGAUAAAAGAUUUACGAUUUCGGAGCUGAAUGGUUUGGGACUAAUGAAAGCAAAGGUGAUCAGCACGUACAUUGGCGCAAUAUGACUUUUUUUGGUUUUUUUCAGGGAUGACGAGUUGAACGUGGAGGUGUUAACAAUGGGGGAUAAAUGGGGUUUUGUAUAGUGCGAGAUGGAUUGAAUAUGUCAUGUCG